AUGUCGUGGACUCAGCAAGAUGCUUACUGGAGCCGACCCUUUGACUGUCAUGAUGAAAUGAUGCAUUUCCUCCGUGCUCGGGGAAAACGCUUCAACAGUGAGCAUUGGAUGUUCAUGCUGACUGCUAAGAUUGGAUUCCCACCGGCGGACAAAGAUAUUGUUGAUCAGCUCCGUACCGCAUGGAAAGCACUGAGAUUCACUCAUCCUGAUAUUGCUCUUGAGGCUCAUCAUGACGAGAAGCGGUACUAUCCAGUUACCGACGAGCAGUCGCUAGAGUCAUGGUCUAAUGAAACUUUCCGUGUCGAGGCUGAAUGCUCCUCCACGGAUGAUUUCUUUGCCAAGCACCGCCGUGCACCGCCCCAUGCCAAUGCAACCAUUCACUGGAUCCCUGCUUCAAGCGAAAUUGCCCUAGUCUCAUCUUAUAUGUUGUGGGAUGGCCGGGGUGGUAUGCUCAUGCUGCAUGAGUUUCUAUCUACUCUUGAGAACCCCGUAAUUCCUACGGUGUUUGAUGGAGCCGAGGCCAAGAAGCUUGUUCCUUCACUGGACGAAGUUAUUGGAAUGCCGGCCACGCCUAAGCCCGAAUGGAAUAAACGCGGAGAGGAAUUGCUCCAGCAAUACAUUCGGGCCCAGCCAUCAAUUGGCUUACUGGCGCCUGGCGAUCCCAAGGCUAAAAAGCCACCCACUGAGAUGAAGAGAGUUGAGACUGUCUUCGCUCCAGGGGAAGCAAAGUCUAUCCGCGAGGCCGCGCGCAAGCAGAACAUCUCAGUAUCAACUGCAGUUCAAACCGCAGCUAUCAUUGCGGUGACUGGUAUGAAUGACCGUGCUACUCAGCCAGAAAACUUUGUCGCUUGGACAUUGUAUGACCUGCGCAAGUUUCUCGAGGCGCCUUUCAAUGGUGUAGAGCAUGCGCCAUCUAUCCGACUAGGCUCUCAGCCUCUUAUUGUGAAGGCUCACGGCUCUUGGUCCGAUAUCUCGAAGCAUGUGGACAAAUUGAACAAGUUUUCAUGGGAUGUGAAGGAGAACGAUGAGAUGUUUGUUCGUGAUCCCUUCAACCGCAGGGCUACAGAUAUGCUCAAGGGCGCCGCAGCGUAUCCAGACUUGGCGCCAGCUCCUGGAAGUGAGCCAUUCGUCACUAGUAUGGGUAUCUUUGAUGACUACAUCAAGCAUGAAUAUGGCCCUUACUCAGUUGAGGAUGUCAGUAUUCUAUGCCAAACGCUUACUCCAGUUACCAACCUCCACCUUUGGUCUUGGAAGGGGACCCUGCAUGUUAGUAUUAGCUACAACGUGGCACACUAUGAUUCGGAUACCAUCGAAAAAUAUCUGGCUAUCGUGAAAGAUACUCUGCGCAAAAAUCUGCUAUAA